UGAGAGAUUUCCGUUUCCUGGGCGGGGCCAGCAGUCUUGCGCGUGCGCAGUGUGGGUCAACAGUGUAGGCGUGAACAUGGCGGCGCCCGUGGACCUGGAGCUGAAGAAGGCCUUCUCUGAGCUGCAGGUGAAGAUGGUGGACACUCAGCAGAAGGUGAAGCUGGCCAACCUGCAGAUCGACCAGCUGACCCGCGUUCAGAAAUACGCCAAGCUGACUCACACCGAGAUCACCACGCUGCCGGACAACACGCGGCUCUACGAGGGCGUCGGACGCAUGUUCAUCCUUCAGUCCAGAGAGGAGAUCAGCAACCAGCUGACAGACAAACAGAGGACGGCUAAUGAGAAGAUCAAAGAGCUGGAGCAGAAGAAAGUGUAUCUAGAACGUAGCGUGAAGGAAGCCGAGGACAACAUCCGAGAGAUGCUGCUGUCCAGGAGAGCUCAGUAACUCCUUUUGUUCAUUUGUGUGUUUAAAUAUUAAAAUACUGGAUCAUGA